AUGGAAGAAACCAUCUUUCUGAAGAAGUACAUAAAUUUGCUAUGCUACGACAAGCCAAACAACUCACUUCCAUUCUUGUUGUUCCUAGUUUUGGCAGUUGUGACUCUCACCAACAUUCUAUUGGCAAUUCUGGAUGAGUCCGAUGCUGAUGUUUUUAAAGAAGGAAUAAAGGACAUAUUUACACUGACACUCGUCUUCUCAUGCACUGUUGAACAGAGCCUUAACCCCCAGAGAGCUCUGAAUCUUGUGCAGCUGAUUGAUGAUGACUUUCUUGUCAAUCAACAUGACUUUGUGGACAGACAAGACACAUGGGCGAGAAUUUCAAAACUGCAUGCGACGAAAAUAAAAAGUAUAAAGAAAAAAUUCCAAUAUCUGAGUUGUUUCUUCAUUCUCAUAUUUGUGGGAUACUUCUUCAAACAUUUGUUUAAUCACGGGAUGAGAAUCGCUGUAGUCUCGGAUGAAUCGAGCCGCUUGUUGACCCCGUUUUUGCUUUACCGACUCCAACAACAGACUUCUGAAUCGUCAGCCACUGCCUUCUUCAUCUACGCCUAUUGUCUGCAUGUUCUUGCUGUGGUUUCGAUCUGUUCUGAAGGCUAUGUCGUGGUGUCAACUGCUUGUCUUUCUUCUGAGAAACUGCUGGGCGAUUUUGAAACGUUCUUCUUACUGUUGGACUGUCUCACAAAUGAUUUUUCAGACUCUAGUACCGACCAUGUGGAUGAUCACAGUUUAGGAUCAAAAGAGGCAAAUCUUAGAAAGGAUAUGGCACUUGUCGUUAGAUGUCACCAAAACAUCAACAGGAAAUUCAGAAUUUGUGCGGCAAACUCAGCGUUUGCGAUAACAGCAACUAUUGCAGUCUUUGUCAAUGAUUCAGUUUUCGCAUUUUUCAUGCUCAAGGCAAAAAGUGCGAAAAGGGCUGUAAGCUUCGCAUUAAUGCUCAUCGUGGAGAACGUGACCAUGUUCCUGAUUUAUCAGAAUGGUCAACGAAUUUUCAACCAGAAUGAUAAGCUGCGCAAAUGCCUAGCUGGGCUACCAUGGAUUAACAAACCACGCUGGUUCAGGCAAACAGUGCUCAAUAUGAUGACACGAGCAAACGUUGACACUGAGAUGAGGCCUUAUGGCAUUUUCGUGCUCAACUACAUGUCCUUCAAAGAUUUGAUGAAAUUGACAUUUUCUGUUGGAAACGUACUCUACACCACGAAACUGGCAAACCAAUCUCAACAAUGAUGGAAAAUCUACCAUAAUAGUCUGAUGAUAGAGAAGAAUUCACUUACCAUCAUUCCAGACGAGGCCAACUAUAUGCGUUCAAUAUUCACUCAAAACAUUUUCUUUUACUCUCACUAUUCCCGUACUGAUUUGAUAAAUUAAACAUUGUACCCAGUAAAAGAUGCUAUCCACUGUAUAAGUUUCCUGUAUAGGAUUCCUUUUCCUCACCGCCUCAGAGCUCAUGUACCUGCACAGAUCUUUCUCCUGUGCCUGCGCAUUAUACCUCUUGUAAAAACUGCUCAACCUGGAGGCAGAUU